GAACUCUACGCCCUCGUCCGCCCCCGGUCGGUACAGAAGCCCGCCAUCGUUUCCCUCCAAGAGCGCGGCAUGCAAAUCCGCAGAUGCGAUCUAAAAGGCCCUGAAGAAUCUCUUACCGAGGCGCUCGAGGGAAUCGAUGUCGUUAUCAGCUGUGUUGGUCCUGCCGAGCAGCAGGAUCAAAUUCCUCUCGCCAAAGCUGCUAAGAGGGCCGGAGUUAAGCGCUUCGUUCCAUGUGGUUUCAUCACAGUGGCACCCCCCGGUGGUAUCAUGUGGCUGAGGGACGAAAAAGAAACAGUUUACAACCAUGUUAAACAACUGCGCCUCCCCUACACCAUCAUUGAUGUCGGCUGGUGGUACCAACUUUCGUAUCCCCGCCUGGAGUCCGGACGAGCUGACUAUGCUAUGACUUCCGCAAACAAUGAAAUCGUCGGCGAUGGCAAUACCCCUAUGGGUUUGACCGAUUUGAGAGACAUUGGACGCUAUGUUGCCAGAAUCAUCGACGACGAGCGGACGUUGAACAAGAUGGUCUAUGCAUACAACACGGUUAAGACACAGAAUGAGAUCUACGACCUACUGGAAGAAAUCAGCGAAGAGAAAAUCCAAAGGAAUUACAUUCCGGAGGAAAGCGUCUACACUCGUGUCCUCGCCGCCCGGCAGUCUAGCGAGACUUAUCCCUUCGAUCCUGUCAAGUUCAUCCCCCGGUACCUGGCUGAGUAUCAGUUGUCUUGGGGUAUUAGGGGUGAUAACACCCCGGAAAACGCAAAAUAUCUCGGAUAUCUGAUUGCCAAGGAGCUUUACCCAGACUUCAGGCCAGUGGAUUUCAGGGACUAUCUUGAGACCGUCGUUCGGGGCACAGCGAAGGGUGUAUACACCGACCGUAUGGUUUCGAAGGUUCACCAGCGGGCAUUCCCACGCACAGAGUCGACCGAUUCGUUGUAUACUCGGAUAUUCCCAAGAACUGAGUCCAGCGACUCGCUAUACAUGCGGUAG